GUUCUCGCCGCCCGCCAUCGCGGUAUGGGCCAGGAGCAGGCGCUCUUCCACCUGCAAGCGCAUCACUCGGCACAAUAUCGUCGCUUAUGGCACCAGGUGGAGAGCGAGGCCUUGUGCUUACAGGCCCGUGGCUUUCAUGAAACGCAGUGCUACGGCCUCGCUAUGCAUAAUGUGCACGCCCGGGCCAUGGAAGGCUACCUGGUCUGGCUCCAGAGCCGGCUCGAGCCAAACCGCGACCGCGAGGGCAAGGACAAGCUGGAGACCCUCCUUGGCGAG